AUGGUUAGGUUUCCAAAGCCUACAUGUGAAUGGGUUCUUCAUGUUUCUAGAUCUCGAAAUGAGCAGCCAUGGUGUGUAAAAACUUUCCUUGAUAAUCAUACUUGUUUGACCAUAAGAAAGGUUAGGUUAUACACUGUAUCUGCUAUAGCAAGAGAAGUGGAGAGCAUAUUAGGUUCCAACCCAGGAAUUCCACUGUUGGCACUCCAAGACCAUUUGGAGAAGAAAAACCAGAUUCAGUUAAGUUUGCAGAAGACAUUCAGGGCAAAGGUAAUGGCUUUACACAGAAUAGAAGGUGAUUUCAAAGCUCAAUAUUCUAUUUUAAGGGAAUAUUGUGAAGAGCUCCUUGGAUCCAAUCCUGGCACAACAGUUAAGAUACAUGUGGAAAGGGAGUGCAACCAUGCUAGUCCAACAAGACAGUUCAGGCGAAUUUACAUAUGUUUGGGUGCUCUCAAAGAAGGGUUCAAGGUAAAUGGGAGGCGGAUUUUAGGAUUAGAUGGGUGUUUCAUGAAGGGCCCAUUCCCUGGGCAAGUACUGUCAGCUGUUGGAAUUGAUUCAAACAACGGGAUAUAUCCUGUUCCAUACUUAAUAGUUGAGGCUGAAACUAAAAUCAGUUGGGAGUGGUUCUUAGGGAAUCUUGGAGAUGACUUAGGUCUUGAUCAACAGUCCUACUUCACAUUCAUAUCUGAUAGACAAAAGUCUUGA